GACAGCAUCAGGCAGCAUGACAACACAGCAAUGGCUGCUUGCCAUGUGCUUUUCUCUGGCCUCAGUUUUAAGAACAGGAGAAUCAGUCACAGCAGCAGAAACUCAGAAAUACACUUGCAGGACAUUUGGCAGCGGAGUUGUUCAGCCUUUCAAAGGGUCAAGUUUUCAUGUCCGGUCCAAUUGUCCUUUUACCCUGACCCACUUCACCCACAAUCGGGUGGAAUGUGAUAUCAUCAUACAACGAGGAGACAGUGGACUCCUGGUUCAAGUGGAGAUCAUCAUCAACAAAAUCAGGACUGUUCUGCAGAAUGGAAGUAUUCUGGUGGAGAAGAAAAGUGUUUCCCUUCCGUAUGAUCACAUGUAUCAGCACAUCUUUCAGUAUGGCAUCUACACCAAACUAAGGAGCACCCUGCUUCCUCUGUCCAUCACCUGGCACAAUGUACCUGGAGGAAUAGACACUGCAUGGGUGGAGCUUGAUCAGGAGCUGAGCACAGACAUGACUGGACUGUGUGGGGAACAAAGCAUCCAAGGCGACAUGCAGCAGUUGAUCACAGAGAGUGUGCUAGCUGAGGACACAUGUCAAAUCCGAGAUCCUGUCUCCACUGAGAAUGAAGACUGCAUGAGGUUCUUAUCCUUCACAUAUGAUUGUCUUCAAGCCAAGACGCUUCAUUACCUUAAGCUCUGUGAACAGAACAUCCACGGCUAUGAAAAUAGCGAAUACGUUAGCUGUGCUUUCUUCAAAGAGAUCGUCCAGCAGUGUGGAAACGACAGCUUCGCCUGGAACCUUUGGAGAACUGUUUCUCAAUGUGCAAAACCAACUUGUCCUGGAGACCUUGGAUAUGUAGAACAAGGCGAGGCCUUUAUUCCCAGCUGCUCCAGCCCAGGCCCCUCAUACUCCAACCAGGAACUCAUCAGCUCCUGUGUCUGCCCAGAGGGUAAGGUGGUCAAUAAUUUUGCUGAAGGAUAUCAGUGUGUGAGUGCGUCCAGCUGCCCGUGUGAGUUUGCGGGCAUGACCUAUUCAUCUGGAGACAUACGUCAAACCAAGUGUCAGUCAUGUAUGUGCGACAGUGGGAAAUGGCAAUGCUCUGAAAACUUCUGCCCAUCCAGAUGUUUAAUCGAAGGGCAUUUUGUGACCACAUUCGAUGGCAAACAAUAUGUUGUCCCUGGUAAAUGUUCUUAUGUAGCCUUGCAGGGUCUUGACUGGAAAAUUCAAAUUGAGUUUUCAGCAAAGGCUCCCUUUUUGAAAACAGUUAUACUACAGAUUUUUCAGGAAGAAUAUACAUUCUUAACCAACAAGGUUACAGUUGGAGAAGAGGAGAUCACUGAACUUCACCAGUCUGAUCAUGUUCUGAUUUACUGGCAGUCAUCCAUGUACAUUCAGGUGCAUACAUCGCUUGGAAUCGACAUCCAAAUCCAGAUGUCCCCUGAAAUCCAGCUGUACAUCUCAUCGCCUGGAAACCACACUGGUGUUAUCUCAGGUCUUUGUGGCAAUAACAACGAUGACACCACAGACGACUUCACCACCAGUAGUGGGAUUGUUGAGAACUCGCCUCAACUUUUUGCUAUGUCCUGGAGUGUUGGUGCUUGUGUCCAUGGCAUACCACCCACCUGCAUCAAAACAGACUAUGAAAUAUUUGCUGAUGAAAAGUGCUCUGUGCUGAAUGACAUAAAUGGCAUAUUUUCUAAGUGCCACGCUCAUAUCCCGCCUGAUUACUACCACACGGCCUGCCUCCUAAGAACCUGUAACUGUGACAGCAACCUGAAGCAGUGCCUGUGUUUGGCUCUGGGCAAUUAUGUCAAAGCUUGCUCCAGUCUGGGUGUUGUAGUUGGUGACUGGCGGGAAGCUAGCGACUGCGCUGUUGAAUGCCAAAACAACCAAGAGUUUUCCUACAACAUCCAAUCCUGCAACCGUACAUGCCGUUCACUAUCUGGCCCUGACCCUCGCUGCUGGCUGGAUGAUGUUCCCGUGGAGGGCUGUGGCUGCCCGGAGGGGACUCGUCUGAACCAGGGACAAAUCUGUACACCGAAGGCAGAAUGCGAUUGUUACGACCAAGACCGUACAAUACAACCUGGGCCUGUUGUUAUCGACGGACAAAAGUGCUCCUGUGACAGCGGAGAACUGCACUGCUCCAAGAACUGUGGUUGCGGGAAUGGGAAAGUUUGUAUUCACUGCUCAGAGAACCCCACUAACACGACUCAAAAAACCUGUGACAGCCUCAGCAAACCAAUGGGCAGAAGCAUGGCCUGUGAGAGUGGCUGUUACUGCCCACAUGACAAGUAUGAGGAUCACCGUGAAAGCUGUGUCACUCUGGAUGAAUGCACCUGUGUGUACAGUGGCAAAAUAUUCAACGCAGGACAAAGUGUCAAAACCAACUGCAAAACAUGUGUCUGUGGACAGGGUUUGUGGCACUGCAAAGAAGAGCCUUGUCCUGGGAGGUGUCAGGUUUAUGGAAAUGGGCAUUACCAGACCUUUGACUCCAAAUGGUUCCGCUUUGAUGGGAACUGCCAGUACACUCUAGUAGAGGACGGUUGUGGACAUAGAAACAGCACCUUUUCUGUCCGAGUGGAGAGUGUUCCAUGCUGUGAUGAGGCACUCACAUGCUCUCGCUCUAUCAUCUUCGAUCUCCAGAACAAACUCACAUUAACACUGAGUGACAUGAGGGUGACCGGUCGCUGCCAUGGUGCUGGGACUCAGGAAGGCUCACUUUACUCCAUACACACUGUUGGACUCUACAUCAUAAUCUCAGUUCCCAGCAAAGGGAUAACUCUCAUCUGGGAUAAACACACCCGGAUCACUGUGGAACUGAGUGCAUACUGGAGGAAUAAAGUGUGUGGCCUCUGUGGGAACUUCGACUCCAAUGAGAUGAAUGACCUACAGAUAAGCAGUUCAGCAGUUAUGUCCAGCCCACUGGCAUUUGGAAACAGCUGGAAGGCUGCCACUCCUCCUUGCUCCGAUGUGAUGACUGAGAUUUUUCCAUGUGAACGCAACUCUUACUGCUCCGCCUGGGCUGAGCGACGCUGUAUGAUUCUUACAGGAGAUACAUUCAAAGGCUGUCACGUGAAAGUGGAUCCAGAGCCCUACUACCGGGCCUGCGUGCAGGAGUCUUGCUCUUGUGAGUUUGAAGGCAAGUUCUUGGGCUUCUGCACAGCUGUGGCAGCCUACGCAGAGGCCUGCAGUGACCAGGAUGUGUGUGUAGACUGGAGAACACCUGAUUUGUGUCCGGUCUACUGUGACUACUACAACGAGAAGGGCCAGUAUAGCUGGCACUAUGAAGCCUGUGGUCAGAUGCUCACCUGCGGCAGAGUCGACUUCAACCACAAACUGGAAGGUUGCUACCCAAGAUGUUCAAAGGAUGUUCCAUACUAUGAUGAAAAUACUGGUGAAUGCACUGGAUUGAGAAACUGCACAUGCUAUUUUAAUGGCAAAGUCAUUCAGCCUUGGGAACAUGUGCUGAUACAGUAUGAAAAGUGCCACUGUGAGAAUGGAAUAAUCCGAUGUCUCCCACCACCAACUACAGCUGGAACAACAACUCCUUUCCCCUCUACUACACCAUCAACAACUGCCUACUCUACCACAGAAACAACAACGUCUUUCACCUCUACAACACCAUCAACAACUACCUACUCUACCACAGAAACAACAACGUCUUUCACCUCUACUACACCAUCAACAACUACCUACUCUACCACAGAAACAACAACGCCUUUCACCUCUACUACACCAUCAACAACUACCUACUCUACCACAGAAACAACAACGCCUUUCACCUCUACAACACCAUCAACAACUACCUACUCUACCACAGAAACAACAACGCCUACUACACCAUCAACAACUACCUACUCUACCACUGAAACAACAACGCCUUUCACCUCUACUACACCAUCAACAACUACCUACUCUACCACAGAAACAACAACGCCUACUACACCAUCAACAACUACCUACUCUACCACUGAAACAACAACGCCUUUCACCUCUACAACACCAUCAACAACUACCUACUCUACCACUGAAACAACAACGCCUUUCACCUCUACUACACCAUCAACAACUACCUACUCUACCACAGAAACAACAAUGCCUACUACACCAUCAACAACUACCUACUCUACCACUGAAACAACGCCUUUCACCUCUUCUACACCAUCAACAACUACCUACUCUACCACUGAAACAACAACGCCUUUCACCUCUACUACACCAUCAACAACUACCUACUCUACCACUGAAACAACAACGCCUUUCACCUCUACAACACCAUCAACAACUACCUACUCUACCAAUGAAACAACAACGCCUUUCACCUCUACUACACCAUCAACAACUACCUACUCUACCAAUGAAACAACAACGUCUUUCACCUCUACUACACCAUCAACAACUACCUACUCUACCACUGAAACAACAACGCCUUUCACCUCUACUACACCAUCAACAACUACCUACUCUACCACAGAAACAACAACGCCUUUCACCUCUACUACACCAUCAACAACUACCUACUCUACCACAGAAACAACAACGCCUUUCACCUCUACUACACCAUCAACAACUACCUACUCUACCACUGAAACAACAACGCCUUUCACCUCUACUACACCAUCAACAACUACCUACUCUACCACAGAAACAACAACGCCUUUCACCUCUACUACACCAUCAACAACUACCUACUCUACCACUGAAACAACGCCUUUCACCUCUACUACACCAUCAACAACUACCUACUCUACCACUGAAAGAACAACGCCUUUCACCUCUACUACACCAUCAACAACUACCUACUCUACCACAGAAACAACAACGCCUUUCACCUCUACUACACCAUCAACAACUACCUACUCUACCACUGAAACAACGCCUUUCACCUCUACUACACCAUCAACAACUACCUACUCUACCACUGAAACAACAACGCCUUUCACCUCUACUACACCAUCAACAACUGCCUACUCUACCACAGAAACAACAAUGCCUUUCACCUCUGAUACACCAUCAACAACUGCCUACUCUACCACAGAAACAACAACGCCUUUCACCUCUACUACACCAUCAACAACACCAGCUCCAUGUGUGUGUAAAGAUCUGAAGAGGAAAAAAAGCUGGUCUUGCAAUGAAUCAUGGGAAGAGGACUGCUUCUAUAAGAUGUGUGUAAAUGGGACGAUAGUGUUGACUCCAGUAGUUUGUCCCGAGGUGACUAAACCCAGCUGCCCCAGACAGCAGAUCACAAAAGUCUCAGAUGGAUGCUGUGAAACAUGGAAGUGUGACUGUCGCUGUGAUUUAUUUGGAGACCCCCACUACAUCACUUUUCAGGGGGUAACCUUCGAUUUUAUGGAUGCCUGCACCUACAUCCUAGUGGAGGAGCGAUCACCACGUCAUCAUCUGACCAUUGCGGUGGACAAUUUCUUCUGUGUGCCAGGGCUCAAAGGCUCCUGUGUUAAAGGCAUUAUCCUGAAAUAUCAGGACAGCACAGCUACACUCAAUAUCGACCCACCGUCUUCAGUACAGGCCACUCUGAACAACAUGACAAUAAAGCCACCAUAUGAGGAGCAUGGGUGGAGGUUUGAGGUCACAGGAUACAAAGUGUCCAUCUACCUCCCGGAGCUCCGCUCUUACAUCUCUCUUAGUCCGUCUGGUAACUUGGCGAUCAAUCUGGCUAUGGAGCACUUCUUCAACAACACUCAGGGACAAUGUGGUGUUUGUGGUGAUGCAUCCUGUAUCCGUAAAGGAGGGCAGAUAGAGGAUGACAACUGCUGUGAAAAGACAUCCUAUGACUGGGUGUAUGCUGAUCCACUUAAGCCAGCGUGUUCUUCUGCACCAAGGGAUGUGCCUUGUGACUUUGGGACGACUGUUACCCCCACUGACACACCACCCACCUCUUGCCCUGCAAGCCAACUAUGUGAACUGCUAGACCACCCAGUCUUUUCAAAUUGCAGUGAUUAUGUGGAUCUGAUCAUUAAAAAGAGGAACUGUGAGUUUGACUCGUGCAGGACUGGUGCUUGCUCUGCAAUAGAGCAAGCUGCGGUGGAAUGCAAGGCAGCUGGUUUCUGUUUUGACUGGAGAAAACUGACUGAAGGAAUCUGUGAUUGGACAUGUCCAGAAGGACUCAUUUACAGAGAGUGUCAUGACAAGCUGGAUGACUUCUGCAACGGAGGAGUGCAACAUACUGGAGCCUCAUUUGAGAGCAAAACUGCUGGCUGUUUCUGUCCAAAUGGCCUGAGUAGGACAGGAAACCACUCAAACAUCUGUGUAUCUGAGUGCCCCUAUUGUAAGGGACCACUUGGUGAGCCCAAACAGGUUGGAGAGGAGUGGAAGUCUGGCUGUCACAUAUGUACAUGUAACAACCAAACACGGACAGAAGAAUGUUCUCCAAAACCUCCCAAGCCAACUCCUACCUGUAGCCUCAGUGCUAAAUUAGUAAACGAUUGUUGUGGUGAUCCAAUUUGUGUUGAGAAGACAUGCAUACAUAAUGGAAAAACAUACAAGAUGGGUGACAAAUGGAGGGAUGUCGACCAUCCCUGCAUGUCAUUCACAUGUGACAUGGAUGGUGUUCAAACCGAGACUCAAGUCUGUCCCACAGAAAACUGUCAGGAGGAGGACAGAGUUUGGGACGAUCAACACUGCUGCUUUUCAUGUAACCAUAGCUGUGCCCCGAAUGUGACCAGCAUCAACAUUACCAUAGACAACUGUACCACCAUCUUGCAGAUGCCUGUGUGUCAGGGCCAGUGCGUUUCUCAGCCCAGGGUUGUGUUACAAGGUGACCUGCAGGUGGAGCAGAAGCACCGGUGCUGUCAGGAGCAGAGUUCAGAGAGGAGAUCAGUGACUCUGCAGUGCUUUGACCUCAGUGCCAGACAUUACACCUACAAACAUAUCACUAGGUGCGAGUGCAGAGCCUGCAACAUACUGAGAUGAAAGUUACUGACACCACACUACAGGCACCAUUUUUGUUUAUACAUCUUUUCAAAUUAAAAAUCACAAUCUGAUCUUUUUCAAAUCUGAUUGAUUAAAAGUUGAAAUACUUGAAAUGACAAUGAUUUAUAUUUGGAUUACUACAUCUGUACAUCACAUAAAUUGAAUCG